AUGGAUGAUACAUAUGAAGGUUUAGAAGAUAAGAAAAAUGAAUAUUAUAGUGAUGAGAAUGAAUAUAUUAACCAUUUAGUAGAAUUUCAAGUAAUCAAAAUUGUUGAUAAUAAUCUUGAAAAUAUGAG